AUGUCAGAAGCACUCAAAACAGCCACGACCGACCUUUCCAGUUUAGGUCGAGUCGGCCAUCGACUGGCCAUGUUGGACAGUUCAGCCAAAUUGCAAUCCGUCCUGGACAAACUGUUGGCUCGAUUGUUGGAUCGGAUUGGCAAGAAUCACAAGCAGCAACAAGUGGAAAGUGAUCCAAAACUGGCGGAUGUCCUCUCGAAAAUGCAUGCCAAAUUGGUCGAAAUUCUGUCCCAUGCGAUGAAACGAAUACGGGACGAUCGAAGUGUCAAGUUGAAUUGUGCUUCUAUUUUGAGUUUAUUGCUGUUGAACGAUGAAGAAAUAAGCGAUGACAAAACAGCACGAAAGGCGGAUCCGUUUGUGGAUCCAUUCACGUUGAAUCUAUCACUCACCUUUUUGACAUUGGGAAUACCAAGAUGUGAUGAAACGGAAUUGAAAGAACUCUUGCCAGGUUUGAUUGUAUUGCAUGGACACUACGCCAGUCGAGUACUGGCGACUGACAACAAUGCUACUACACGUUCCCAUUGGCAUCAAAUAUCACAUUUACUGAUACGAGCAUUAGAAGCGACCAUGGAAUAUCACAACAAUGAUAAACAACAAGUGUCCAAAAAGGCUCGACUUUCUAGUAGUUCCACCACGACAACAACCACAACAACACUGCCUUCGGAAAUGAUGGCUGGUGGAACUCUCAAACCAAAAAAUGGAGAUACUACUGCGACACCCGUACGCUUGUUCAUGCAAACCAUUCAUCAAGCAUUGUCCAAGGAUCCCAUAGCUGCUGCGGCACUCUACGAUUUGUUGUUGGACCUACUCUUCUUUCAGCCAACGGCUCCCAACUCGGUGCCUCCCGCGGGAUGCUCGGAAGCGGGACAGCAGCGAGUUUUAUCGAACAAAAGUUGGGUCCAAGAAAUGACAUCGCCCGCACGAUUGUCUCUUUUGAAAACUCGGAUGCUCGAAUGGAUGGCACCCACCUUGUCGACCUGUCUGUUUCCAGAAGUUCCGGCUCGGACCUGCACUCUACUAUUGGUGGCGAGUGGCAGUAGUCAACUACAACAAGUCUCCAAUCAAGCAAGCCUGUAUUUGAAACACUUUCGAGACGAUGCGGGCCAACAUCCGGAUCGGGGAAUGACCAACACCAGUAAUAUCAGUCUCAUUUUGGAGAUUCUGACCCUUUGUGUCGGUUCCAACAAUGCACUCUUGGCGCUUUCAGGAUCAUCAUCAUCUUCUUCUUCAGUGCCAUCAUCUCUUGGCUUGGAUCACUCCAGUGCUGCCAAUCCAAUGCCCUUUCGACGGAGAAUGGUGUCGGAUAGUCCGUUUGCGGCAAUGAUGAUUCAUAUGGAAAAGAUCCUGACAGAGUCUCCUCAAUUGUUUCACUCGUCUCCCACCAUUAUGGAACAGAUUGGGAGUCUUUCGCUGCUGGCAUCCUCAAAGAUGCUAUCCAAACUACGGACAUCUUCCGGAUUGACAGCACUCAAGGGGAAACCAUAUGUCAGCGCGGCCCAAGUUUUGAAUGCACUCGUGGUGAGGUGCUUGUCCACAAUGGAAACGAACACGGUCGAAAUACCAGUCCAGACUCUAAACCGCAUCCAGUCACUCAUGGCCAAAGUCAUGGCAUUGGCCUGUACGUCGUUGUCGACCACCAUUGUCGGGACAACAUCAGGUUCUACCAUCACACAGACGGCGAGUAGCGAAGGGAACCAAUCCGUGCGGGAUGCCUUGUAUGGAAUUAUUUGUUUGCUGUCUCGUUCCACAAUCAUUGUGAACGAACCAGCCUCGUGGCUGUUUGCAUUGGGCAAGGAACAAAACGAUGAAGCCUCCUCGUAUAAGAUGAACGUUGACACGACGGUUCUUUUAUUCGCCUGUGUGGCCAAGGAAGAACAAGCCCUCUUGCCACGUGCGACAGCCGCAUUGGAUGCAGUCCUUGCUGCCUAUUGUCGGAUUGCCAAUCAGGACGAAUCGUCAUCAGCAGUAGUGAGUCAACAAGGAACUGAACAAGACAAAGGAGCUACUAGUACGGCACCACCACCAUCAGCACAAGUGGACAAUCCUUGGAUGACGCUUACUACAACUGCGUCGCCAGAUGUUGGAAUGGAAAGCGAUGUAACAAGAACAGCAGCAGCAGCAAACGUGGACUCGGAACAAAAAUCACAGCUUGCCAAGUUGCUGCUUCCAAUUCUUUGGGGAGCGUGUUUGCCAUCGCAACCAAAGCCAAGUCGUCUAGCAGCGAGUCGUUGGUCCAGCGAGCUUGUGCGGAUCUUGGAUUUGACAAAUGCCUGUCACAUCCUUUGCUUUCUGACUGGUGACAAGGAUGCUUCCGUUGCUUCCAUUGCACGACGUGGUCUUGGUCUAGAUGAUUCGUUGGAGUUGUACGUUAGUCAGGAGGUUGGUGGAUCACAGGAGAACGAACAAGAGGAUUCACAUUUUGGAGAGUUUUCUCUCUUGACUGAUUUGUUACUGGUCAAAACGGAAUCAACAGGCGGAGCCUGGAGGCCCAAUUUCUGGGAAUUCAGUCCCAAAGGCAAGGCGACAUCCAUUUCGUAUCUGUUACAAUGCUUGUUGCAUGAUUUGUAUGGUGGUGAUGACGAUGCCAUCUAUUCGUAUUUGGACGCAGUGACAAAGUCGCUAUCUCAAGUUUCCAAUAAGGGUCGACAAUAUACUGAGCUGCUUGAUCAGAGCUCAGCAUCUUUGGCAAUAUGCAUGUCCACUUCAUCAGAAGCACGAAAAAUUAUGUUUGGUGCGAAUGACAAACUUGAGUUAUCUAUGCAACUUGACGAUCUUCAAAAGUUGGCCUUGACUUCAUCGUCGUCGAGAGCCUGUCAAGAUCUUGCCGCGGCUUGUGGAUCAAUCUAUGGCGACGUGGAAAUGUGGGGAAAAGACAAAUGGUCAGACUCAAUUGUUGGGCUCAUGGAAAGCUGCUUGAAGCUUUUGAAUGGGUCCACGGACGGCCGUGGACACUCUCAUGGUGCUGCUUUUCUUGCGGCUACCUGUGUCCAGCAAAUCCGGUUGAAUCCUGACAUGACUUCGUCCGACAAAGGUUGGACCUUGGCGUCCCAAAUUCUUACGCUGUUGGGCAAUGGCACGCUGAUCUCAGAUGAUUUGAUUUCUCGAGCAUACAUCGACUCCCUCUCGGUUGCCCUGUCCUCUCAGUCUCGAAACACGGAUUCACCCCAGUUUGACGCUCGAAUCUAUGAUGGGGCGACGGCCGCCCUUUCUGGUCUAUCUGCCGCUUUGAAGAAGUUCAGUGGCGACUCAAACACUGAUGUCUCAAGGGCAGCAAAAGCCACUGUUGCUAUCGGCGCUUGCCUUGAAGCAACCAUACCAUCGUCUGGAAAGCAAUCCGAGAAAGAUAAAUUACACGGUGCUCGACUCCAAUGUGUCGAAGUUGUCAUAUCGUUGCUGGGAUCCGCGGCGUAUCGAAAAGACGAAGAGAUAGCUUUGCAGGCUGGAGAGGCGUUGGCAGCAUAUGCAUGGGUUCCAAAAAGUAUGGUCUGGGAGACCAAAAGUUCCGAAUCAUGGCCAGAAACUUUGGAUACGGAGUUUGCCAAAUCGCUACCACCGCAUCAACAGACUAUUUAUUUGCUUCUUCGAGGAUCCAAAUUGUCUUCCAACCCAUUGAAGCGGACCGCUUAUGCUCCUGUCAUGCUAGCUCUAGUGGCGCGGGCAGCGGCCAAGGUCAACAACGACCCAACCUAUGGCAAAACUGCCUUGGUACAAGAACUAUGCCUUCAUCUCGAUGACUUUCAGUCUGCAUUUAUUUCCAUUCUUUCUGAUCCGAAGAGCAAGCAUCUCUGUCGAGAAAGUUGUUGCCUUGGUCUUGCUGCGUGUCGAAGCAUUGCAAAGCUCUCGGAUCGUGGCAACGAAGUAAACACACAGCUUCUUCAUGCAUUUGGGCAAACGACAAACUACGGAAGCAGCGCAAUGCAAGAAACCCAAAGCCAAGCAGCUCUUCGCCGUGCACAAGAAAGCUCAUCUGAAAACCGAAAUGGAGAAGCACUCGCAGAAGCCAUCGGUAUUGAGCCCGAGGUCGGAGGGGCAGCUGGUGUUUCGGAGGCUUCGCUUGGUGCCUACAGAGAGAUGGCAGAGGCAGCAGUUGCUCUUGGUCGACCGGAUGUCUUGUAUGCACUCUUGUUGCUUUCUGUCACGCAUCCAAUUUGGUCGUCCAAGCUUGGUAGAGAGAGAUAUGGACCUUCCGCCUUAUUGGGCGAAAAUUCAAUCCUUGGAAGCCGAACAAAUGCUCUGGAACUGCGACAGGCUUUGCGCCCACAUCUUGGUAAAAUUAUGCCCCGAUUGCUCCGUGCAUCCCAUGACCCAAACAAAGAAACCCGUGAAAAGAUGCAGAAUCUUUGGAACGGACUGACUGGGGGCGGUGCUGAUGCGCGAAAUGCCAUUUCGGAGCAUUUGCUUCCAAUCAUCGACAGCUUGAUCAAAGAUACGUCGCACAGGCUCUGGCGAGCACGUGCAGGUGCAACUGGUGCACUCGCAAAAGUGUUAGUUGGUCGUUCUUGGACUGAUUUAGGAGGAGGCCCAGCUGUCCUUGAUGAUGACGACAUUCUUUCGAAUUCUGUGACCAAAACUGCAGGAAUCCGACUAUUGAAACUCUGGAAUAUUGCGAUGCGAUCUCUUGAUGACGUACGGGCUGCUGUCAGAGAGAAUGGUGAGACUUUAGCUAGAGGGCUUCGGAGCCUAACAGUACGGCUGUGUGAUCCAUCGGCGAGUGAAGAUGCUACGAAAGAAGUAGUUGAUAAGAAGUCCCAUGCACGAGACUCAGCUGCUGCAGCUGCCACAUCUUUGCGGUGGCUCAUCAAACACGGGCUCAAUCAGCCUUGUGCAGAAGCUGCUGGUGUGGCCAUGUCAUGCUUGGUUGGGGUGAUUUCUGUUGUCAAUCAUUCGAUUCUUCAGCCGCUUGUGCCCGACUUGCUUCGAUCGUUACUUCUUGCUAUGUCCAGUCUUGAACCAGCAGCUCUUAACUAUUUUCAGGUUCGCGCGGCAGGCCAAGGGACUGGCGCGGGAAGCUCAUUUGGAGAGAUUGAAAGGCUUCGCCUUCAAGUUUCUCAAACUGGCCCCCUUGCUGAGGCAGUGAUGAAACUUCUAGAAAUGGUUCCUCAGCUAGAUUGGGAUGUGCAACAAGCAGUCAUUCCACAAUUGAAUAGUGCUCUUCGGCAAUCAAGUGGUUUUACUACAAGAGCUGCUGUCGCUGAUGCAUGCACAACCCUUUGCAACUCUUGUCCCCGCGCAUUCAAAUUUACUGGAUCCAAUAGUACGAAUCCAUCUGUGGGUUUACUUCAUGGUUUCUUUCACGGGGCAGAGCGUGAAGCAGGUACCAACUCUAGAAACAAGAUGGUCCACGCAUUUGGAAGCUUGGCUGCUCUUUGUCCUGGUUCAAGUGUCAGAACACUAGCUCUUCGUGCUUGCAACAACUACAAUAGGGCUACAGGAGCGAAUCAUGAUCCUGCUGUGCGAUUGUCAGCGGCGAUCAUAUUGCGAGCCAUUGCCGUUCGAGCGCAAGACCAGUUUGCAGAUGGCGGCAGCAAUAAUGUAUGGUGCAACAAAGUUCUCCCUGUCAGCUUUAUUGGAAUGCGGGACACGGACAAAAAAAUUGCGCAGCUUUGGAAAGAGGUAUGGGACGACGGGGGUGCAGCGGCUAGUCUGGCGGAAGCGGUUGGUGACUUUGGAACGGUGCUUGAAGAAAAGUUGUUGUUGGAGCUGGUGAAAGAAUGCAGGAAAGCAUUGGCAGAUGUGUCUUGGUCAAGACGAGCAUCUGGUGCCUCUGCCUUAAAGGAACUUGCAGCCAAUCAAAUAUUGGCGCCAUUGGCAAAUCGGAAAGUUUUAGACAAAACCGAUUUGGAUGAACAAAGAUCAAAGAGACGCCGAAUUGCGUGUCACCUAGCACUAGACUCCCUUGUGAACGUCUUGUCUAGCCCAAGGUUGUGGUCUGGGAAAAACGAAGUUACGAAUGCAGCCGUGAGAAUCGCCUCAAACUGGACAUCAGCAGCCGAGAAUGAGUCGAGCCCGUUGAUGAUGAAAGUCCAAUCAAGUGACGAUCUUUUUGUUGGCGAUGACUGGUUUAAACAGAGCCACGAAGAUACCAUAGAGGAAGAUGAGAAUGAACCAAGUGAGACCGCCAAACAGAGUCCCCAAGCGGAACCAUCAGCAAGUGACAUAAGUGAUAUGGAAACGAAUGCUCCGGACGACAAUCAGGAAGACACUGUUAAUUUGGUGCCUGUAAACUUCCUUGGCUUCUGCCGAUUGCUACUGGUUCAAGGUUUUCCCUCGGCAAGAAGCUGCAUUGCUGUCUCGGACGAAGAGAUAUUGCCAUACCGAGCUGGAGCACUGGGAUCAUUCAAGAAUCUUCUGGAUAGCCUUGGAUCUACUCUACACGAUGAUGCCUUGCGCAAGAGAGUGUACGAAAUUACAUCUGAAAAGCUUGUUUCAGUUUUCAACAUUGAUUUUGAUGCUUCAAAGGGGAAAAGCAAAGAGCCGCCAUUGGUAGUGGCGCGAUCCUUAGACUGUUACGGUGCUUCACUUUGGAGGCGUGUCGGAAGCGAAGACGACGAGGUUGAUGAUGUGGUCUCGGCAAAAAUCCUCUUGCACUGCCUUGAGCAUCCCGCGUGGACUGUGCGAGAGGCCGCUGCAAUGUGCGGUGUAUCACUCGUUUCAAAUAGUGACGACUCGGUACUCUGCAAGUUUGAUUUCCUAUCGCUGAUUGAAUCCAUUGUCACCAAAGCAAUGAAGGAUCGCAAGUUUUGGCGAGUUAGGCUAGCUGGAAUGAAACUGCUUCAUUCACUGGUCACACGCGUUCCGAAAGGAGCACGGACGAGUACACGUACAGGUGUGGAACUGAAGGAUACGACUGUAACGAGUCAAGAGAUUCUGGAGUCAGUUCUCCCUCACAAAGAAGCCAUCGUACUUCUUGCGAAAAGAUCCUUUAGUGAUCCAGAGGCAAAGGUGACCGCGGUCGCCAGCGAGGUUGUGAAAGAUAUGGCUUGGUGGCCGUAG